AUGCGACCUCAAGGUGAUGUUGUGCGCCCACCGCAGCCAGCAAAACCUGACAUGAAUUUGCACAGCGUGGAUGAAAACCCUAUGCCGCAGAAGGGGAUCGCGCCGCCUGCAGAAAAACCCAAACCUGCACAGCUUCCGUCACGCAAGGAGUCAGCCAACCCUGUUGCUGCUUCGACUUCAGGUCUGUCUAGGCAUGAAAACAGGACUAUCCAUGUGGAUAUUUUGGCUGUGGUUGGAGAGAAGACUGUUGAAUCUUCCUCGACUGAGCCGGCUGCGGCAGAACCCGAAGCGGGGCAUGCUGCGACAGAAAAUCUGAAUCAAUAA